UUUUAGGGAAAAUGGGUGACAUCACAAUCGAGGUUUUAUCUAAAAGAACUGAGUACCAAGAGAUGAUUGACAAUUUCAAAAAAUGGAAUACGUGGCAACAGCAUUACUUUUUCUGUCGUUAUACUAAGAUUCUGGACAUAAAACUCUUGGAAAUAUUGCUGACGGAUUUCGAACCGUUAUACCAUUCUGGUUAUAAAAAAUCUAAUUCAAAAGAUUCUGGAACAUCAUUAACAUCUGUAAGAUCCACUAAACUGCGCAACAAAAGGUGCCGCAUACCUAAGGAGAGACUUUAUCAUAAGCAUGUGACCGAGGAAGUUUUUAAAGAUAAAACAAUGGCCGAUUACAUUAAAAAGCCUAAUCCCAUAAACUUGAAAGUUUAUAGCCAAACUAUGAACACGGAACAGAUGAAGCAAUGUUUUCUGGACCAACUGGAGUACUUGGAUGGAAUUUGCAAUGGCUGGGAGACCUAUGAAUUUAUUCACCUUAUUCAUCUUCUGUUUCCCUUUUGUGACAAACCAACCUUGCUUUAUCUGAGCUCGUGUGUAAACAAACGGGUCAUGCUCACGAUAGUGUUCUCAGACUUCCUGAUCGUGCAGUACAAAUUAUUUGUUCUUAUCUGCCUGCUAAAGAUCUCGCGAGAACAGCUCAGGUGUCCAAGACUUGGCUGAGAUACUCUUACCGGUCCAUAGGUUGGAAGGUUAGUGCAUUGGACAUUAACUACACAGGUAUCGACUUUUCACGAUUUUCUGAACGGUCGGAGGACACUCUUUGGAGGCGAAUCUAUUUAGAAUUACACGAACUGAACAAGCAAAAAACUACACCACCGAGGAUGAGGUUCGGAUCUAUCGUUCAGACUAUAAUGCCACAUCAAAAUACAUCUGCUGGUCCCCAAAUGUUGAGAGAACGUAAUUCACGAUCCGGAUCACCCGACCUGGUAAAAUUUUGGUUCAAGAAGAGCUCUCUUCCUUCACCAAUGUCUCUUUCAAGUGACAAUUCCGUUGUAAGUAUACCUUCCAAGACUGCAGUUACUGCUAAAAAGCCAAAAAUUGUGACUUUACUAGCUACCCCUGUACCUCACAGUGAAAAUUCAAGUCAUAACGUUUCAGAGGCUGGAAAUCUUUUUCCUUCUGGUACAAAUAUGCUUAAGACCCCUUCAGCCGUUCCAAUCACUGCAAGCACACAAGGGCUGCCGUCUACUCGCUCCCAGGGGAUCCCAGGUCAUUUAAACGAUAACACGGUUUUAGAUGAAUCCAUUCAACGAGUUGCAUCUGUUCACGCUAGUUGUUGUUUAGAAGACGAAAUUGCCUACGAGGAAAACUUUUCUCCCAAACAACACAGCGAGAAGCACGCACGAUUUAUCGAGGACGUUACUGGCUACACUGCAUGUAUUAGUGCCCUGGCGACUACCUAUCCGUUAAAGUCUGUUAAUGAACUAGUGGGCCACAAACAGGCCGUAUACACCUUCCAAGCGGACUCUCUAAGAUUGAUAUCUGGAUGUGGGACUGGGAUUCUCAGAAUCUGGGACAUAAGAACUGGGAGACCGGUGAAGAAAACGACAGCCCACAAUGGGGCGAUAAAUUCACUCCAAUUCGAUGGACACAAGAUUGUUACAGGUGGGUGGGACACCUUUGUCAAGAUAUUCUCUGUCAUCUCCCUGAGAUGUUACAGCGUCUUGACUGGCCACAGUGACUCCGUAACAACAGUUUUCUUUAACAAAACUCACUUAAUAUCUACCUCACUCGACAAAACUCUCCGCGUGUACCAGCCCAGUACGAGGGAAAGUCCCGACAAGAUUGCCACAUCCUACACCUGCGAUCACGUCAUCAUGGGACAUGAGGCCGGGAUCAUUCACGGAGACAUGGACCAGGAGACCAUCUACUCAGCUUCUUUAGACCAUACUAUCCGGCUUUGGUGUGCGAAGCACUACAACCCUAUUAGGACAAUCCACUGUGGCGUGGAGAUUCGCCACUUCACCUUUGAUCAGAAUCUUAUAAUUGCCUCUACAGAGAACAAGCUGUUGCUUUUUAUCGACCGCAGAAAAGAGGUUCCCUCACAUCACAUCUUGUGUGGAGACUUUGCUGUGAACUACAUCUGGUUAUAUGGCAGCAGGUUUAUUACGGGGGAUGUUGGUGGGCUUGUUAAAGAGUGGGACCUGCCCAGUGGAGCAAUGCUCCGGAUCCUUCAUGGACAUUUGGGUCAAGUGCAUUGUGUUCAAGCGAACAAGUCCCAAAUUAUUAGCAGCUCUUUUGAUCAGAGUAUAAAGAUAUGGUAUCUUAAUCAGCUGAAAUCCUCCGAUAAUUCGCUAGAGUGAGAAAUGUUAUGAAUUUCAGACAAUGUUGAUAUUAUUGUGUUUUGUUCGUAUCCUCACUGGAUGUGCAUAAAAAGAAUGAAAGUAGAGUUUUCUGUGACAAAACAUUUGUAUCGAUGAUCGAUCGUUCAAGUGGCCUCAAAAAUUUUGGUCUCAGUUACUAAUUACAAACAUUCGAAUUUCGGAAGCCAGUGGCUAUCCUCCGUUUUAAUCAAACUGGCCGUUAUUUUAUUUUAAUAUAUUAUGGUAAACAUUUGAUGACAUUUUAAUCACCCUUA